AUGUCGCUGCCGCCGUUCAUUUUGACGGACAUCAAACAGAGACGCGCUGGAUGGAUGACUUAUUGGCGAGAAGACGAUGCCAAGACCCCGACGCUUGCCUAUCAUUUCCUCCGAUUUCUCUCCAAAAGCUGCUUGCUUUCCAUCGCUGCUGGCGACGGUGGUAUUGCUGCUGUUUCUAAACAAUACCCCCUAAGAGCAGCCGUUAUCACUGGUGCAUACCAGGGCUUUACUAUUAUUUCUGUUGAAAUUCCUUUUGGAAGUAAAAUAGCCAAAAUAACAGAGCAGGUCGCCGUCGGCGGCGGCGGCAACGGUGGUACCAUUUUCCGGCAAUACCUCCCCAGAGCAGCCGUCAAUUUUAAUUUCUGCAUUUUGUGCCUGACUCGUGUGAGCGCCCUGAGACCUGAAGUAUUUUGGAAACAACACUGUGCAUACAAUAGCGCACGAGUCGACACAGUCACUGGAGUGACCGUUGCUGCUGCCGCUGCUGUAGCAGCGAGGUCAAAAGCCCUCCGCGCAAAACAAAAGCAGUAUCCUUCCGCUCCGGUGAACUUUUGA